AAAAGUUCCGAAUGCUCAAGAAAGUGAAAAUAGAUGAAAUGCGAGUAUAUCCGAAUGAAUAGCCUCUGUGACGUCACAAUCGCAAUGUAGUGACAAAAGGCGGCACAUUUCAAGAGAUGGCAAAAGAUCGGAAGGGCACACCCAAGAUACUACAGCUGAUACGCCAGGCCCAGGGACUAGCCCCCAACCCCGAGGAGGAGUCUGCCCUCAAGAAACUCACACCUCACGUGCCGGGAAUAGUCACGUUUGCCAAUCACUCACGUGCACUGCCAUGGACAACUUCCUAUACCACAGUUCUCAUGUUUGCCGAUAUAUCAGGUUUUACUGCUCUGUGUGAAAAGUAUGGCGCUAAACAGAAUGCGGGAAUUGAUCAACUCACCAAAACUCUCAAUGCCUACCUAGGAGAAAUAGUAGAAAACAUCAUUUCUUCAGAAGGCGAUGUUUUAAAAUUUGCAGGGGAUGCUAUACUGUCUGUGUGGAGAGUAAAUGACGAAACCGAACUCGGCAGCACGGUGGACCAAGUGACCAAGUGUUGUCUUAACAUUCAGAACAAAUGUGGAGCGUGGGAGACCGACAUAGGGGUUACACUCACCGUCAAAAUGGGUGUGUCGGCUGGAGAAAUGUCUGUGACGUUUCUGGGAAAUAACGAGUUUCGAGUUUAUGUAGAACUAGGUCCUGCCGUCUGUGAUGUCAAUGUAGCAGAGCAUUUUUGUGAGGCAGGCCACAUCGUUCUAUCUCCCAGGGCCUGGGAACUCUCCUCUCACAGUCUUUAUAAUCACGAACUGUUACCUGACGGACAACACGCACGUAUUAAAUCAUUUCGGAUGCCUCGUACUGCCGUGUCAGAAACACAAAGAGAUGGACCUCUCUGGUUUAUGCGAAAGAGAAAAAUGAGCGGAGACUGGGGAAAGACCGUUACCGGUAUCACAGCGGCCAGUGCUUUCUCAGAGGGUGUAUCUAAGUCCCUCUUCACCACACCAAUCCCUAUCAACAACGAAGCCAGCACUUCUAAAAGCUGUGACGAUGAAUCCGACAAAGGUGAUAUUAAACACACCCCAACAACAUCAUCCAGUCGCAGGAACUCGGAGCCUGCUCACCCUACGAUCGCUGAAGAGGGAAGUGAAAAUCAUACCAGGCCAGGAAAACCAAAACUCGGCCUCAGCAAACUACGCAAUGUGGUGAAGACGGUGAGAGAAAUGAGACUUGAUGAAAGCUUGCGAUUAUACAUACUACAUCCAGUGUUGAAAAAGUUGGAUGAUAACCAGCCUUUAGAGUACCUGUCUGAAAUGAGGAAUGUGACAGUUGUAUUCAUGAACCUUGUGCUUGAUGAAAAGCAUGACGUCACAAAGCUACUACAGGAAGUGUUUGAUGUGGUUUACGUCCAAUCUAAAGUCAUGCACGGAUGUUUGAAUAAGGCUUUCUUCUUUGACAAGGGUUGUACUUUUCUUGUAAUAUUCGGACUUCCUGGAUACAAGCACGAAAGAGAUUGUGCGCAUGCGUUAAUAUGCUCCCACAAGAUGAAAAAGUUGCUGGAUCAGCAUGAUGGGGUCAAAUCUGUCUCCAUCGGUGUGACAACCGGAGGGGCGUUUUGUGGGGUGGUGGGACACAAAAACCGACACGAAUACUCAGUAAUUGGUAGAAAGGUGAAUAUGGCCGCAAGACUUAUGAUGCAUUACCCUAACAAGGUGACCUGUGAAGAACGAACGUUUCAGCAGUCACGACUUCCAUCCAUUAACUUCAGGGUGUUGGGGGCCAAGAGGAUGAAGGGCCUUCAGAAUGUAGGGAUCAUCAAGGAAUACGUGGAAUCAACCGACAGCUCCGCCCGGGACGUGGCUAAAAUACCUUACUUCCAGUUCCCUUUGCUAGGUAGAGAACAAGAGGUAGAGGUGUUCGAACUCGAACUACAAAGGUUAGUCAAUCAACGAGAGGAGGAAUUUCCGAACCAUUACAUCAUCAGUGGGGCAUCAGGGAUCGGCAAAACACGCCUUCUAGACCAUUUCAUCCAUCUAGCAGAGAAAAAAGACAUAAAUGUCAUUUCCUGCGCACUCAGACUACAGCAUUUACACGUCCAUAACUGUCUCAGCAACUAUAUUUUUCUUGUACUUCUGUCAUCAUCCGGGUUCUCUCAUCGAAUAGAAGAUGAACCAGAACUUAUCAGUGUUCUCUCUCCUUACGCAUUAGAGUCAAAACUACAUCUUCUGAAUGACAUCAUGGGGUCAAAGUAUCAAAGACCCAAUAGUGAAAAUGACACAGAGGAAGAUCUGCGAAAAAUUCUCAACCUUAUCAUUGAAAAGUGCACGGAGAAGCAGCCUGUUUUGGUGGUAGUGGACGAUGCCCAGAAUGUGGACGAUCUGUCGUGGAAGUUUCUGUGUGAACUCCGGAAGAUGAAGGGUAUCUUUAUCGUCCUUUCUUCCCGUCCGGCAGCUAUCGAGAAACCCACGUCUGAAGACGCUGGCAAGUACAUCGAGUCGUCCUCUGUCCGAGUGUUGGAUCUUGGCGUACUGGACACUCAGUAUAUCCCGGCAUUGGCAUGUCAACUCAUGGACGUGGUUAGAAUUCCUUGUGAAUUAGAAGUAAUGUUACGGGAGAGAACUCAAGGUGUUCCCUAUUGGUGUGAGCAGCUACUGCUGGACAUGACAGAGAAGAACCAGCUGAUUAUAACGUACGAUGAUGGGAGUACAGCCAUGAGACAAAAUACAAUAGCCCCCAAAGCAGCACAGCUGGAAAAAGUCUUCUCUGACCACAGCUUUCAUGACAUCUUAGAUGAAAAUGACAAUGAUCAAAUUGAAUACAAUAGAGUUAGUUCAUCAUUUAAAGUAAAAGAAGACGAGAAUCCAAUGGAACACGGAGUAUUGUUAGGUUUUGGAUAUAUCCAUCAAAAGGACAACAAACAAAAAGAGAAAGUCGCCGUGUUUUCCCCGCAUAUUAACCCACAGGAUAUAGAGGUUCCACUCAUCAUGAAAGAGCUUAUCAUUGCCCGCCUGGAUUCCAUGAGAGCAUCCGAACAACUGAUUGUGAAAUGUGCUGCCGUUUUAGGACAGACUUUCCCUAGAGAUAUGAUUGAAUAUAUCUUACCAAAAGUACAGCGUGUCAAAGCCAGAAAGUCUUUCAGACGCCUCAAGCAGAUCGGCAUUUUUGAGUGCGCCAAUAUCCCGACAGGCCGAGCAGCAAUUCUCUUACAAACAAAUGGACUUCAUCCGGAAGCCUGCUUCUGUCCGAAAAAAGAGGAUGACUACGACGUCGAUCUGUGUAAUGUGAUGCGAUUCAAGAACAAUUUGCUGCAACAAACCGCAUAUAAUAUUCUUAUGGAAAGUCAGAGACUAGACCUUCAUAAUAAAACCGUAGAAUACCUCGAAAAUCAAGCCAAUGAGAUCAGAAACAGAAUUCCUUACUAUCUUCUGUAUCGAAAACCGAAAGAAAGUCUGGAGAAGAAACAAGUCAGAGUAUCCCCUGGGGCGAUGAGAAGGUCCAAUAAAAUAGGAGACACUAAAAUGAACGUGGAAAAUGAAAACUCUUCUAGGAAGAACAGAAGAGGAGCGGUGUGUGUAUCCAGAGAAGACAUAGAUCCAUUGAUAAAAGCUGUUUGCCAGUUAGACAACGGUCAACAAAAGAUUGAUGAACUUGUGAAGAGACUAAUUCCCAUAUACGAGGAUAUAGAACGUCACAUGCGCGCUGCAAAAGACUCCAAACACAUCGUGGAUAAUCUGCUUGAAUAUGCUGCCGCUGUCAUUCUUCUUAAAAACGCAGAAAAAACUAGAGAAAUUCUAGGUACCGUGGAUGAAUUAAUGAAAGAAAUUGAUGAUAAGACUUUCUCAUCCGAUGUUUUCCGAUUGUCGAAAAUUGCCAGAAUUCGUGGGAAGAUUGCUUAUCAUUCUGGCGAUUUAGAAGGCGCCCAGUGGUGGCUUUCACAUGCAGGAAAACUACUAGGAAUUCACCAGCCGGUCAGAGCCUGCUGGAUUUGGCCGAUCACUAUAAAAUACAUGAUCCGCUUACGUGCUCUCAGAAAUUCUCCAAUGGCCAGAAGACCUGCCACACUGAAGACUUUAGAACAGGGAUACUGUUUGUCAGAUCUGUAUUGGUUUUAUUCAGCAAGCGGGAAUAGCAGUCUUUUAUUCCUUACCGCUCUACAACAAAUGAUGAAAGUCACUGGGAGAACGUGUCAUCUUCACCAGGUCGUGGAGUCGUAUGCUAAUAUAAUGAAACUUUGCAAGUUCGAAGGCACAAAAAUGAAACUGGAAACAGAACUUUUUGCAAUUUGUUCAUCUAGACACGAUGAGUUGUCUCCCAGUGAUCUGGUGAUGUUAGCAAGCAUGUACACCGAUAUGGCAACCAGCUACCUCAAUGCAGGAGACCUCCAAAGUGCGCUAUCUUCUAGUACUGGAGCCUACGAGGUCUGUGACAAAUUAAAUAACCAGGACAUUGGGUUAGUCGUGUCUCCCAUCCUAGCCUUGUGUCUGGUCCUAACCUGCAGGAAAGAUCAGUUUUCAGUGUAUCUCCAGAAGCUGCGAUCUUUCGUCUGUUACUCUGACGGCAGAAUCCACCGAGCCUGGUACUACAUCUUCUGUAUGGAGAGAAUAUUAAACGGAGAUUACCCAGUUCAAUCAUUCCAGUGCUGUCUGGACUUUGCUACUAAUUACCUACGUUCCUGUGAUGCCGUCACUAAUGAAUAUGUUCCUCGUCUCUUUCUUGCUAUGGAAAUUGCUUUAUGGUUUUGUCGGAAAGGCCAAUGGGACGCUGGCCAGGUCUGGUUCGGUUAUUCGGAGAUGUACGACACUACUAUCGUGUCGUUUCUGGCCUUAUAUGCUCUGUCUCGUAAAAUUGAAAUUAUGCUUCUUUCCCUGAACACAAGCAGAGUAACGAUGUCCAACAAAGGUUUAGAAGCCUUGAAAAAACACAUUGUAAUGGAUUUGAAGAAAUUAAAGAGAGGUUGCAGGAAAAUCUCCUCCAUGUUGCCACGCUACUGUCACCUCAAGGCUUAUUUUUGUCUUCUUAAUCGGUCUCAUUGUCAAUCAAAGUGGCAUCUACUGAAAGCAAGAAAGACUGCAACUCAGCAUGGCAAUAUACUUGAAUUAAGAUGGACUGAAAGGCACAAAAUGGCCUGGUUUAAGAAAAUGGAUCUGUCGGAGCAAUGGAACAGUUUUACUGAGGUACCCCAAGGGGGUUGGAAUCACCAACCAAGGCCUGCAGAAUCUCAUAUGUACAUUUGGCCAAUAGUGCCCAAAGCUAGCAACCGCGAAAAAUCAUUACUGUUCUACUCAGAACUGAUUGCAUCACACUGAAGAUUCACCAAUUUUUUUUGUAUACUUUUAUAUUUUUCAUGUUAUGUUACUCAUAUUGUAUUUAAGAAGUUGACAAUAAAACAUAAUAUAGAGAAA